AUGGUAGCGAAUGGUGAUGAGGCAGGAGACGAAGAAGAUGAAACGGGACACGGAAAGAAGAUUUUGGGGACAGCCUUGGAACCCCUGCCACACUCUUCUCCGUCUGGGACCCCGUUUUCCAUACCCACACAGGUUGGUUCGGCCAGAGAUGCGAUGCAAUGCACUGCGCUGCUGCACCGCACUGCAUAUCGGAGUGUACAGUCAUUUUACACUCGUGAAAAUGUCAACACGAUUCAUCCGUCAUGGCGAUGCUGAAUCGUCGAGAUGUGCAGGCCGGAAUGUCCGGAAGACUCCAUCAAGAUUGAUGAGCGGGAAGAUUGCACGACAGUCUUUUGCCCAAGUACGGAAUCCAUUUAUCUCGCCGAGGACGAUGUAGAAUUGGGACGUGGACGUGGACGUGAUGCUAGAGAGUUUGAGAAAAAGCUCCGAUACGUGCAGUGCAGUUCGACCGCAGGCUCAGGCUCAGGCUCAGGCUCAGGCUCAGGCUCACUGGCUCAGGCUCAGCCCGUCCUGGCCGUCCAAUUUCAGCCUGUGCAUGGUGCUGAUCAGUGUAAAGCAGCAUCAAGGAGUAACGAGAGUCAGGGCAGCUGUAAACAGCACCUUUGGUCCUUUGCAAGUGCAGCUUACGGAUACCCCAGGGCAGAUGAAGUCUGGCACGCAUGA